AUCCUCCUUCGGCAGCAGUGCGCCGGUGUCUUCUCACCGCUGCAUGUCCACCCACUUCACUUUUUUUCUCCCAUCCUUCUGAGUUCAAACACUCAAGAAGAGGAACCGAAACCCCCAGCAACAGCUGAAACGCAAAUCGUGUUUAUCAUUUCGUAUGUUUUUUUUUUUCGUUGCAGUAGCAUCCCUGCCCUCCAUGUUAUUUGCCCUGCGAAUUAAAUCCGAUAAGAGGCGCUGGUUAGCCAUUUUGCUCGGACCCCCCUCUCAAAGCCUCCACUCGCUCGCUCCACAAAUUUGAUUUUUGCUGUUAUCGACGCGGCAACAAGGCAUCGGCGUCCCAACUAAUCUGCAGACAUGCCGGAGUACCUCGACGACCCGUCUGUGCUCACCAAAGAUAAGCUAAAGAGCGAGCUUCUGGCCAACAAUGUGGAGCUUCCCAGCGGCAACCCGACGAAAGACGUGUAUGUGCAGCUUUAUCUCAAGAACCUGACCGUGCAGAACAAGAAAAACGCAACUCUGGACGCUUUCUCCAGCGACGAGGACUUACCGCCACCGGUGGUUUCCAACAGAAGUCGCUCCUCUGGCAGGAAAGCCACCAGGAAAACAGACAAGGUUCGACCGGAGGAUCUGGACGUGACCGAGCUGACUGCUGAGGGCCUGAAGGAUGAGCUGCUCAAGUACGGAGUCGACGCAGGGCCGAUUGUGGCCUCCACCCGUAAGCUGUAUGAGAAGAAACUGCAGAAGCUGAUUGAUGAAGGUCCUCCGCAGCCUCCGGCGCCCCAGGUGGUUCACACAGAGAUCGACGUCAACCACAACGGCAACUCCGACUCGGACCGCUACAGCGACAAGGAGGAAGAAGAGACGGCAGUGCCAGAGCCAAUACCUGAGCCAGAACCUGAACCGGUGCCUGAGCCGGCUCCAGUGGUGGAGAGGCCGCUCAGGAGCCGAGGGAAGACACCCGUCACCACCCGGACACGCAGCAGCCAGCACAACAAGAUGUAUCAGCUGGUGGAUAAUGUUGAUGAGGAUGAUGAUGAAGAGGUGCCUGUCGUGAGUGUAAGGCGCAGAUCCAGAAGGCUGUCCAGUAACGUGGUGCAGACCCUCUCCUCCUGCCUUGACUCUGAUAUGCCAACUCCUGUAAUUCCUCACAGCCAGUCAAAGAUUGUACCUAAGGAUCUCAGGCCUGUGUGGACAGAGCAGAUCCAGGUGGAGUCUAACAGGAAAGUUCACCACAGGCUGGUUAGUCCAGCUCAGGCCAACUCUCCUCCCACGUCCUCUCGACCUUCUCAGGGUCCCACAGGGGAGGCUCUGUCCUCUAACAUGAGCGAGAGGUGUGUCGCCCUCAAACCAAGGCAGCCUCCGCCAGUGAAGACACCCAUCAGCAGCCACCCCAGGGGCCACAGAGCUCCUGAGAGCCCCCGCCUGAAGCUCCAUGAGGAAGAACCGGACGUUCCUCCUCCCAAACUGAUUAAAGCCUCCUCUUGUCAGGCAGAAGCUUUACUCAACACCGCUCUGCUAGAGGAACCAGAGCAAACUGUUAAAUCAACAGGACAGAGGCCAGUGGCUGUGUUAAAGGGCGUGUCCGACGAGCCAAGGCUGGCCAACAAGCCCUCCAGGCCGUCAUCCCCUUUGGUUUAUCUGUCCAGAAUCGACCCGGUCACCUUUAGCCCAAUGUGCGACAUCUCGCCCGUCAAGGAUCGGGAAUCUCAGGCAUCUGUCUCUGACCGGCCUGAAUCUAGGGCCAGUGGUGGAUCUGUAGUAGUGCAGGAGAAUCGUGUGCCUCAAGACGCCCAGCUGCUUAAAGGGAGGCAGCAAAAAAUCACACCCUUCCUCUCCACUUUCAGCCCGGUCAGGACUGGUAGUAGUGUGGCCUUGGUUUCCAAAGACCCGUGGCUCAAAGAGGUGGAGAAGAUAGCCGCCAGUGAACAGACCCCGAGAGUGGAUGAGAGAGAUGUUCUUAAGGAGAUGUUCCCCAAUGAAAUAAACACUCCAACAGGAAUCAGCGCCACCUGUCGGCGGCCAAUUCGAGGUGCAGCCGGCCGCCCACUGAAGUCCAUCGACCUCUGGAACGACGAGAACUUCCUGCGUUCCCCGAAAAGCAUCAAGACCACCACCACCACCUCCUCCUCCUCCUACACAGAGAGCCGCCACAGAAUCCCCAACCUGGCCCCCUCCACUCCCUCCUCCUCCUCUUCCUCCUCCUCCUCUUCUUCCUCUUCCUCCUCCUCCUCCUCCUCCUCAGCCAGGCUAGUAUCUGCAGCUCCCCCUGCAGGCCAGACCAAAGCAGCACGCCGCAGCCUGUCACUGUGGAUAAAGCUGUUCCUCCUGAUCAUAGUGGCCGCCUUCCUGUUCUUCGUCUACCAGGCCAUGGAAACCAACGCCAUCAACCCGUUCGGAGGCUCGGAUACAGAACAGGCCAGCAGCGACGGUGCAACAGCGGCCGCUGGCAAGUAAAGCGAGGGAGGAAGCGGUUUUUGGAAUAAAAGAGGCCAACCAGCUUCUUUUGUUUUUUUAAUGUGUGAAUUGGCAUUGUUGCCAUUCUGUUUAUGGGCGCUGUGAAAUUACGAUCUACAUCAUCGCCCUUCCUACUCAAUAUUUUUUCCUCAUGUUUUUCUCUUUUUUUUUUUUUUUUUUUUUUUUUUAGUGUAAUUUUUUCCCCUCAUCUAUACGUCUGUUCAGUUCAGAGUGAAUACGUCAAAGAGUAGCAAUGUAGCUGUCUCAGUGACACUUCAAGGAUCUCCAUGACACAUUGUGAAAGGACAUUGCCGGGUUCUGUUAUCGUCGUAUUGGUCCAUCCUUGACCCUUCCCUCUUGCAGUCUGUGAGGUUAAGAGAAAGCCAGUCACUAAACCAUGCUCACAAACACAGUAGCUUUGAGAGAAUUACGUGGACUUACUUUUAUCGCCAUGUUAUUUUCAUGUAAUACUUGCAUGGUGUGGUUGUGUGUGUGUGUGUGUGCGUGCGUAUGAUUGGAUGUGUGCAAGGUUGAGAGAAAUAUAUUUUUCACACUUUGCCUUAGUGUCUGUCUCUGUCAGCUGUUAGAGAAAUAGCCUUGAAGAUGGAAUUUGAAACUGUAAUUUUGUUUUUGUAUCGGACCAUCUUUGUUAAUGAGACAGGGAGGCUUAUUAUAACCCAAAUGCUUAUAAAUCUUCUGAAAACCUACACCAAUAUUUUCUUAUUUUCUCUUGUUUUGAAAGAAUGAAAUUAUUAUGUCCCAGUGUAUUCCACUUAAUUCUGUAUUCACUGUCCGAAGUAAUAAAUAUCCACUCAAUAAACUAUUAUAUUGUUUCUGUGGCUGAAAGAGCAUUUUAUUUAUGUGGAAACAAUUUGUUCCCAGAACUUUGAUUACCAGCCUCUCCAGGACUUUAAUUAACUUUAUGCAUUCAUAACGUCUGUUUUGUCAAAAUUUACACUUCACAGGCAAAAUUAUAAAUCAUAAAUUCCUCUUCCUGCACUUUCACUGCAGGAAAUUCUGUUUUAUCAGACUACAAAUUAAAAAAAAAAAAAAAAAAUUGGAUUUUUGCUACCAUGAUCAGUCUGAUCAAAGCCUCAGUCCAGCAGCAAUGUGUCCCAUUUUUCCCUGUUAAGCAAUGUCUAGAUAUUUUUUUUUUUUUUAGAUUUUACAAAUUCCAACUUCAACCUGAUGUACUUUUGUUUUCAAUAAUGACCGAAUACGUGAAAUGGCUAAUCUUGAAGGCACUGGCAUGCAAGGGCUAAAACUAAAGGCUAUGAUGUGUAUUGUGGAUUUAUCUGACCUGUACCAAGAUGAGGAAUCAGCAUUGAUCAUAUCGCACAAUUUCAAGCUAAGACAUAUUUAAACAUUUACCAAGCUGAUUUGUAAAGUUUAAUUGAGGUUACAUGUACCUGGAUUGAAGCUUUAUUGUGCUUUGAAGAGAAAGAAAUGAGCCAAAGGCAGGUUUCCACCACAGUGGACAGCAACGUCAAUAUGAGCUUGACUAUUAAUCCGCAUAACGGGACCGGCUGCGAGUCAAACAGCAUUCAAAUCCUCAAGUGCUGAUGUCUGAGAUGUAAUGUCGGGAGGCGUAAAUCUUUUGUCAUUUUUGUAUUUUCAGUAUUCCAAAUGUGAAGUUCAACCCUUAUCCAUAAUAGUGAAUUAAGGAUCGAAACCAUCAGGCGUUUGUGAUCUGUCUACAAGAAGCACUGUCAAAAAAAAAAAAAGAUGUGUAAUUUUCCUUUAUUGACUGCAUUGUUGUAAACGAGGGAUUUUAACUGACUUGUGUUUUCAAUCUUGUUUCACCCAUGUAUAAAAUGUCAGUGAAUAAACUUUAUAUCUUGUA